GAGAGGCCACAGCAGACCGAGAGCUCUGAGGAAGUGGCAGCUGACGGAGGACGCACUUGGACUUGAACACUGAAUAUGGAGGCCAUGAAGAGCGCAAGGAAGAACGACACAGGAGACGUCGGCAGCGACUUAUCGGAGCAGAUCAAAGCAGCCACUAAGGACAACCACGUCCGAGCUGAGAACACGCAGCUGAUGCUGAGCUACCAGAAGGGACAGAUCACUCUGCCGCAGUACAAGGUCCUGCUGUGCUCUCUCUAUGAGAUCUACAAGGCUCUGGAGGAGGAGAUGGACAGGAACGCCUCCCAUCCAGCUGUUGCUCCCAUAUACUUCCCUCAGGAACUCGCCCGGCUGGAAUCCCUGGAGCAGGACCUGGAGCACUUCUUCGGCUCAGACUGGAGGAAGCGAGUGAUCGUCCCCGCAGCCACUCACAGAUACCAACAGAGGCUACGACAGAUCGGCAGGGAGAACCCGGAGCUGCUGGUGUCCCACGCUUACACCCGCUACCUCGGGGACCUGUCGGGCGGGCAGGUGCUGGGAAAAAUCACCCAGAAGUCCCUGGGGCUGAGCAGCAAAGAGGGCUUGUCGUUCUUCUCGUUCCCCGGCGUGAGCAGCCCCAACCGCUUCAAGCAGCUGUACAGGAGCCGCAUGAACAGCAUCGAGCUGAGCGAGCAGCAGAAGGAGGCGGUGCUGCAGGAGGCCGUGGCGGCGUUCGAACUCAACAUCCAGGUUUUUGACGACUUGCAGAAAAUGCUGAGUGUCACAACAGAAGCCGCGGAGCAGCGUCCGACCGGCAGCAGCUUCCCGCCGCCUCUCAUCACCGUGCAGCUGGCCAUGGGGCUGUGCGUCGCGCUGGCCACCAUCGGCGUGGGGAUGUACUCCCUCUGAAGCUUCAGCUGCCUUUAUGCACAAACUGCACUUUACUCAAUCAUGACUGUAAUCUGUGUCUCAUCGAUAAACUGCCAAAUCACUCAACUUGUCUUAUAAACCAGCCCAGUAUCUGUAACGUCUUUUUAUGAUUCCUGUUUAAUAAAAUAAGCUGCACCAUCAGA